GUGUCCUCAGUGAGGAUUUGUCGCCAAUUCUUUGUCAGGGCUGCAGUCGGAAGAGGAUAACGCAGGCAAUAUAUUGGGUAAACGAGGAAAGGUAAGGCGAGAUGAGAACCGAUGAAGGGGUUGCUCCUUCGGGUGGUCGUACGGCGGGAGAUGCGCAGGGCAGAAGCGCCCGUGGGGCGCGAGGGAGGGGAGGAAGAGGGGGAAGGCGCGGGAAUGCCUCGGGACCAGGGAUUCUAGGUCUCAUGAUGGGUGCAGGACGGCGUGAUGGAGGACGGCCUGCUAUUGAGGGGAGUCUGAGUAGAAGGGGUGGUGCUGGUGGGUUUGUUGCGGGAGGGUCGCUGGCCCAAUGGAAGGGUGAGCGGCAGCAGCAGCAACUGGGGAUCGGGACUGAUUCUCAUGCUCUUGUAGAUGCGGUGGAGGACCGAGAUUGCGACUGCGGGAGUGGAGCUGUGAAUGAUAAGAUGACGUGGUGUGCUGAAGCGCGGCAGGCAGAAAUUAGCAAUGGUAGAGUCGGGACCGGAGCGGAGAGUUCGGCAGUGUGUGACCGUGAUUCGUAUGUCGUGGCAGAAGAAAGAGAGGAGAAGAUGGCUGAGGCUGCGGUAGAGAGAGAGAGAGAAAGGGAAGCGAAGAGGCCGUGCGAACCGAUGGCCACCGGCCACGAGGAGUCAAUGAGGACAAGCCAAUCAGUGGGCACGGGGAUAUCAGCGACAGAAGGUGGUAAGUUGAAGUCCGAAGCGAUGGAGAGGUUGGAGUGGGGGAUGGAGGUGAUCAUUGGAGGAGGAAAUGAGGGUUGUCUGACGGUAGUGGAGGACCGAGGUGAGGGGGAUUCGCUAAGGAUAAGUGGAAGCGGGCCGUUCUACUCUUGUCUUGCUUAUGAUGGGAUGCCGCCGGAUUCGCAGGCCCAGCGGUUGAGAAGAUCGGAGGAAUGUGGCGAAGAAGCGGCGCAAGGGAGAGAGAGGAGAACAUCGAUGCAACAGUCUGCGGGUAUUGGGGAACGGGAAGAGGUGGAAGGGAGAGAGGGAGGAGAGAGAGAGGUUGUGAAUCACCGUUCAGAUGCUUGGGUGUUGGCAGGGGAUGUAGUAGCUGUCGGUAGUGCGGUCGAUGGUGCUUGUAGUGAAAACGAGGGACGCAAUUGCCCAACUGUGGAUGCGAAGCCUGGUGUUUUGUGCAGGAGGUUCCAUUCGUUAGGCACUGGAGGAGUGCAGCUCGAUGACUUGGAGGAUCUGGAGGAUGAAAGGCCGGGCUUGGGAUACUGUGUCGUUACAGGGGAGACAAGGACCACAUUUGUACGGGAGGGGGGAGUGAUGAUAGGGAAGGAGAAAGAGGGAUAUGGGCAGAAUGGGGGACAGCACUCGUCGACUGGUAAGGUUCCUCCUCCUGCUGCAGGUAAGGAUGCUGCAGACGGAGAUGAAGCUCCCUCGGCGGGAAAACAGCCGCCGCCUUCGACCGGUACCAGUAAGGGUUGUGAGGGCAGCAAGCGAAGGCGAGCGCGAAAUUAUGCCAAAGUGGAAAGGGGGCAGAGACACGAGCGGGACGACACCGGCCGUGUCUGCAAAGGGGAGAGCGGCGGGAGAAGUACUUGCGGCAGUUGGAGAAAGGAGGGAAGUAUGGAUGGGCGAUCACAGAGGGAGUCGAACCUACACCCUCGAUCCGGGGGUUUGGAUGAGGAGGACUGGGCAAUGCUAACAGGGGACGAUGAUGGCGAUGAUGGUAAUGGUUGUCACGAUGGAAGGCGAAGGGGCAAGAAGAAGCUUGAUGAUCUGAGCGAUGGUUUUCUCGUUGUAGGAGGCCGACGUAUCUAUACUGUCAGCCCGUCGUGUGUAAACAAGAAGGAAUACUCGAGUAGGAAUAACACCAGGAUGAGGAAAGGAAAAGAGAACAUUAAGGGGGCGCGCCUCACGGGGGUUACCAGCGGAGUUUGCAUGGACUUCAUCCAGCUAGAUAGUGAUGGCGAUGAUGAGGACGAUGAGGAGGAGGAGGACGAAGAGGAGGGAGAGAUGGUGGCGUUCUCUGGAGAGAAGUGUGACGACGACGAUGUAGAAGAGGAGAGAGGUGCAGGUGCUUUAAUGUCUUGCGGGGAUGGUGUCAGCUUCAGCAGCGAAAGUGACGAUGACGACGACGACGACGAUGAUGAUGAUGAUGAUGAUGAUGAUGAUGAGAAGGAACUAGAAGACUAUGUGAUGAACAUGGAGGACGAGUUUGAUGAAGGGAAUCAUUGGGUGCAGACGAGGAUGACAAGGAUUGACAAGGGAAUAGAUCGCAGCAGUACGAGCAGCGGCAGUGACAGCGAUCCCGACGAGAAGGUAGCAGUGAUAUGCCAUGGGAGAGGAAGGAGAGAAGUCAGGGGAGCUGCUAAAGUGGCUGUCAAGGGACGAAAGCCGACGUUGUGUGAUGACUCGACCUCGCGGGGGACUGCGUGGACAGAUCAUGGAGGGAGGAGAGACGGUCGAGAGGAGGGCCUCGAGCUUCGGUUUGCUGGCAAAAUGGUGCUGAGUGAAGAUGAGGAUGUCGAUGAGGAAGUUGACGAAGAUACGCUGGACUUCAUAUCUGUUGCUGCUGAUCUUCCGGGUAGAAGGAGCCAAAAGAAAAAGUGUGAGAAAAAGAAGGCGCGAAAGACUCGUAAGGGAAAGAAAGGACAACAAGGUGGUGGCAUUGGUGAGGAAGGGGGGGGAAGAGAGAAGAAGGAGGAGCUGUCAUCUCCUGCUGCGAAACGAAAAAGGCGCCGGAGGAAUAUGCGUCAAAACCGGAGAUUACGAAAACUCUGCUCGCGCCCUCUGGAGAUGUGGAGUUUGGACCAAAUGAACGAGGCACUUUUCGCCAUGGUGUUACUGGGAAUCAAGUCUGUCUCGGUGAUAACUAGAGGGGGCAAGAAGGUGGAGCAGAUGUUUCGACUUGCGAUGUUUUAUGGGCUGCGAGCGUCUGUGAAGGGAUGCGAAGAGGUGAAGGAACUAGUGGUGCAGAGAACAGGGCUUAGCAGGACGCCACGUGACAGCGAGCUUGCCCAGUUGGCCGAAAAAUUGAAGAUGACGAUCACGGAGGAACAGUGGCUGAUUGUCGCCGAGCAGAGGGCAGCAGCAAGUGAGGGGCAUGUUGCUCACACGGCCAAGAAGAAGGAAAGAAAGAAGGAUGUGAAACAAAGAGUGCCGAGCGGAAGUACUCCCCUCUCAGAAGGAAGUCGUGCCUGGAGGAGGGCAGUGGAGGCGAGGUUGAUGAGCGAAAGGACCGGCGAGGUGACGGCAAACCAAAAGAAGGUGGCGAAGAACAAGAACAAGAACAAGAACAAGAAGAAGGAUAAGAAGUCGGAGAUGUCCAGGAGUGGUGUGAUUGACUUCGUGUCAGGGGGCGUUAUCCAGCCAGAAGCACGGGUACUUGUGUCUGAGGAGGCGGUGGAGAAUGAGAGACAUGGUGUUGAGGUGGACGAAGAUGGCGAUGGAUUCAGGCCGCUGAGUCAUGAGGGGACUAGACGAAGAGAGAGAGAAGUAGGAGUCGUGGAACGAAAGGUAGCAAGGUCGAAUUGCCUGGAAGAGUUUGGCAGAUUUGAAGCUCAUACUACGGGGUUUGGCUCUCGAAUGCUUGCUAAGAUGGGCUUUAGUGGAGCAGGAGGGGGGUUGGGAAGGGAGGGGACAGGAAUGGCGGAGCCCGUUCUAGCAGUCAUGCGACCAAAGAAUCUAGGUCUUGGGGCAAAGCGAGACGGAGGCAAGCGGUGACUGGGAUGAAUGAUGGAAUAGUUGAGCAACCGUUGUGAACAAUAAUCACGUGCGAAGCUUGGGGCCACACUACUGGCGUUGCCCUCCGAGGCAGUAUGUUCGUUUCCUUCACUGUCUCACCGAGAAUGGUGUUGCCCUCCGAGGCAUUAUGUUCGCUUCCUUCACUGUCUCACCGAGAAUGUUCAUUAGACUCUCUCUCUCUCUCUCUCUCUCUCUCUCUCUCUCUCUCUCUCUCUCUCUCUCUCUCUCUCUCUCUCUCUUUGUGUUUGUGUCUGUGUUUGUUUUCUAUUUGGUCUUCGCCUUUCUUUGGAGAUAACAUCCGCUUGUGUGCUUUCUGCUCCCCUCUAUUCACAACUCGUGCUAUAGUGUACCUUGACGUAGUCUCCGUUUACCACCGUUAUCAUGGCAGUUGGAUCAGAACAUUCGUUUACUGUUUCGUGGCAGUAAACCUCUGCUGUGAGGCCGCGUAUUGUGCGCGACCCAUGGUUCCUGGUUGUGAGGGCUAGACUCCAUAGCUCUUGUAGAUGAGGCCGUUUAUUCGAAGAAUGUGCCCGGGGAGGGUUUGAGAAGAACGUGUCCAUGGGGCCAUCGAGUUGGGUGGGUAUCCGAGUCGGUCAGGCACUCAGGUGCCAGCGAGGGCAAGAUAGGGCUGAAUGCCUUUUGCAGAGGAUGGAGGGAUGAAGGCGAGCGACUGGUAGUCUGUAUUUGGGCUGGCGCACAUUGUAUCUUGUAGGAGUGGCGGAAUGCCAAGAAUAUCAGCCACCUGCUGUGAUGCAUGUUGUGCGUGUUUCCCUGCUGUUGUUAACCGUGCUGAUGCUGUUGUGUUACCUGCGACAACAGCUGUCUGCUGUCCAUCUGAGUGGAGAUGAGAGUGGUAGAAUGUGCAUAUGACAUCAUGGAUAUGCCAAGUAAACCAGAGCGAAGGAAGGGAAUCGAAUGAGAAUCGCAAGAGAAGCCUUACUUCAGCUCCUGCUAUGAGAGCAUGAAUGCAGAGAGUAGUCGUCUCAUUGCGGCAUACUGUUUAUGAGGCUAAGUAAGACAGUUCGAAAACUAGUUAAACAGUGGUGAGUGUUUGAUGUGCGAGGUAAGGUAAGGUUCUUUCCAUGCGAGUCUCUCUUUGACCUUAUCAGGUCAACGGUAUUCGUGAAGCUAGGGACAGAAGUGCAAUCAGACUCAACUUCAGACUUGCUUCCAACAUGCACACACGAGAAAGGAUGGUAAACCAAACUCGUCAACUCAGAAUUAACAACAAACUUGCACUUAAACU